CCCAACACUACUGCGUUUGUGGAUUCCGUGCCAUGGUCACUUUGCUGCAUUUCUGGAAGAAUGCUGGGCGGCCUUUUGUGCGACGAUGCGUCACAGCGCACAGAGGUGGCGGCUUCCUUCACGCACUCUCGUGCUUCAAGGAACGCUGGUCCACCAAGUGUCACUACUUUGUACAUAUUGGCAACUGCAUUGUAUUGCUGGCCAUCAACCAGAAAGACAUGCUGCAGCUGCGGAGCUUGUCAGUGACAGCCUCGCUCUUUGGCAUCGCAUACAACUUACUUCAACCAUCGCCUCUCUGGGCACCUGCAGCCUGGGGAGGCUUCUUCAUCUCUUGCCACCUGUAUUAUAUUGCACAGCUCCUGCGUGACCGAGUGGGGAUUACACUCGAUGCUGACCACGAGGCCGCAUACGAAAUGGCCUUCAUGGGCCAUGGCUUUACACCUCGGCAAUUCCUGAAGCUGUUUGAGGCGGCACAUGGCCGAAUUGAGGAGGCUCGCUGUGGCACGUUCAUUUGCCGCAAAGGAGAACCCAAGAAGUGGGUUCACUACCUCUUGGAUGGGAAGGUCAUGCUGAUUGACGGUUCUGAGGACAAGGUGGUGAAUAUCGUGCCGGGCAAGGGCAGCUGGCUCGGAGAGUUCUUCGACCCUGCUGAGCCCGAAGACCACUGGGCGACCCCGCACUUCCACCAAGUGUCGUUCAAAUGCAUCGCCCCACGUUGUCGGCUCCUGACGCUGGAGAUCGACUCGCUGCAUCGAGCGAUCCGGGAGGCAGGCCUCGCUGAGGCGGCCACCCGUGCGGAGAUCUCGGAUUUGUGGGGAAAGCUCCGGGGAAGUCACCACGAGCACCGACGGAACACCUACAGCGCUAUGUUGGAGUUGGCUGUGGCGGACGGCAAGGUAGAUGCCAAGGAGGUUGAGCUUCUCAACAAGUGGAAAGCCCGCCACCGUGUUCCAGAGGAGGAUCACGAGGUGAAGUUGGCCGAGCUCGGUUGGACGGCAGAGGAAUUCGCCAGCGGCCAGCGUGACCCCACCCGCCGUGGACCACGACCGCUGCCCAAAUACCGGCCUUGCUGCUCGCCCACGGCGUAAAACACAAAACCGUGGUCAUUGAAUGUUUGAAUCGUAGCUGUGAUUCCACGUAGAUCAAACCAGUCACAUUAGUGCAACGUUCCGAGCUUUGGAAUACUUUAUGCUUUGACAAAGUCACA